ACUGUUCUUACCAAAACUCUUUCUGUUCUGCGUCAUCACCAUCCCGUUGAACAUGGCGCGCGCGCUCCUCAUCCUCGGUGCCAUCCUCGGCCUGCUCACCAGCCUAAUGUACAUGAUCGAGCCCUACCUAUCACAACUCUACAUCUUCACCCCCCAGGAACUACACCAACUCUCCAAAGACGCCCUGUCAGUCCACGGAAACGACACUGCCUCCGUCGUCUCCUACAUCGUCUCCGCCCUCUCCAAGAACCACCCGGAUCACGUGAACCUGGACGAAGAAUGGAUCUUCAACAACGCCGGCGGCGCAAUGGGCGCAAUGUACAUCAUCCACGCCUCCGUCACCGAGUACCUGAUCAUCUUUGGAACUGCGAUUGGGACUGAGGGGCAUACGGGACGCCAUACUGCUGACGACUAUUUUCAUAUCUUGAAGGGCGAGCAGCUUGCGUAUGCGCCUGGUAAGGGUGUGUAUGAGCCGGAAGUUUACCCUCAGGGGAGUGUGCAUCAUUUGAGGAGAGGCGAUGUUAAGCAGUAUAAGAUGGAUAAGGAUUGCUUUGCGUUGGAGUAUGCUAGGGGAUGGAUUCCGCCGAUGUUGUUCUUUGGUUACGCAGACAGUAAGUUUUCAAUGCAGUUUGUCGGUUCUGAUGGCGAUACUGAUGCUUUUCAGCUUUCUUCAGUACCUUGGACUUCCCGACGUUGUGGCGGACCACGUUUGUUACUGGACGCGAGAUGAUUGGGAAUCUGCUCAAGGGGAAGUUGUGAGCACCCUGUCACAAAGCCGGACGAUUUCCUGUACGAUAUUGGUUCCGUCUCUCUUUUUAAACCACAGCGCUCGAGUGGUUG